CGCGUUGGCCCGAAUAAGAGGAAGCGAGCACGAGCGGGUACGAGACGGCGUGCGAAGCGGGAUGACGUUGUUUGCGUUUGUGACGUCACUCGCAAUUGUAGAGAGCAACGAGAGGCUCGAGGAUGCGGCCGCGUGCGUCACGUGGAGAUGAAUCCGGGUCCAAAAUGGAUCGCGGACGUUCGAGAUACGCGAACAGGUAGCAUCGAGGAGAUAGGCUAGGAUGGUUCGGUUUGGAAGACAGACUGGAAUCGGAAACGGAUGACUCGUCGUCAUGGCGGAUGUCGUGACGAUUUCAAUUGACGAUGGACGACGUCGUCGCGGUCGUCACCGAGGACACGAACUCUCGCGUACGGUCGUGUCGCGUUUCCUUUAGACGAUAAGAACGAAGACCCGUUGGACAAAAAAUCUCGACACGAGAACAAACGAGAGGAAACGACGAGACGAGAGUAAGGACGUCAGCGUGGCCGACCGAUCCGCGUCCCUCGUUUCUGCAACCUUUCCGGCCGGCCAGCCAACCGACUGAACCGUCGUCGCGUGGACGGACAAAUUGUCGAGACGUUCUCGUCUCGGUUAGUUUCCGCCGUUUCCUCGCGGUUUACGAUACGUUUAGUCGAAUCACGACGCUUCGUUAGUCGUAACGGCGCGCACACGUUCGUUCACCGACGAGAAAACGAGGUUCGCAUUCCGUUCUCGUUGCGACAUCGACGCCGAGCGCGCUGGUAACCCCGAACGUUCGUCUACGAGAUCGUUGAGAAAAGAAAAGCCGCAAAAUCGCGUCGCCAACCCGUACUACUGCCCUCUUUCUCUAUCUUUCGCGAUUUUCCUGUCUCUCGGCUAGGCCGAAUGCGAAGAAUCUAUCGCGAAGUUAUGAUCUGAGUGGAUAUCGCGUGGCAGGUAGAAGAUCCAACGGACGGAGGAGACGAAUACGAGGAGACAAGCGGAGGAAGAGGAACGCGGGACCAAAGGAAGCUUAGAAAGGAGUUGGAGCGCGCGAUCCGAAGAAUCGGCGCGCAUGGUGGCGCACGGAAAAAUUGCGCUUAGCUGUAGGGUCGGCGAAGAUCGGCGUUGAGCAAAGACGACGGUGAAGCGGUGUAUCGGAGCGGCGGCGGUAGCGGCGGCGGCGGCGGCGCGGCGGCGGAGAGGCGGAGGGACGCCGUCGAAGACGAUGCUCGGGAGGAUUGGAAGAGAGGAGGUGUUCUGCGGCAAUGGCUGAUCGCGGCCGGCGCUAUGCUCGCGGCAUAUAAGAACGCGCGAAGACGUGCGUUCGCCGCGCUUUACGCGAUUCCGAAUUCGAAGCAGCAGAAGCGUUCCGUGGUGGAAGCGCCGCGUUACCUUCGUAGCGGGACAUAGAAUCGUCGAACGUAGAUCGUGGUCGGCCUCGUCCAGUCAGAGAUAUCGCGACACGUUAGAGCCGAUUAUUUAUCGCGCGUUCUCGUAGAUCGCGUAGAUUGAGCGCGCGAUUGCGAUGCGCGACUCGACGCGUCGUCGGUCGAUCGCGGUCGAAUGAUCGUUGGAGAAGCGGCGCUAUCGGUGAGGAAACAAGAGGAAUCCGGUGGUUCGAUAGCAGGGACUUUCGGUGGGCGAAAACGUUUCGGAGAAGCGCGAUUCCGAGGAGAGGAACACGGUGGUGGUGCGCGCCGAUGGUCGCCCGCUGCUGCAUGCCCUCGAAGACGCGCGGCGGCGGUCAUGCCGCGUGAUUCGAACCGAUAUCAUCGUCGUCGUCGUCGCCGUCGUCGUCGUCGUCGCGUAACCGUCGAAUCGCCAAGGAUCGUCGACGUAAGGAGAGUGUCGUCGUGGUUGUUCGUGUUGAAACGCGGUGGUGAAGCGACAGCAGCGGAAACAUGAGCUCGAUCGACUUCGACGAGGUGUUGGUGCACGUGGGCGAGAAGGGCAAAUAUCAGAAUAUCAUGUACUAUCUUCUUUGCAUAUCGGCCACUCUUCCCGCGGCUUUCCUCGCGUUUUCGCAAGUGUUCGUGAGCGCGUCUCCGGAGCAUUGGUGCAGAAUUCCGGAGUUGGAAAAUCUGACGGAUCUGAUGACGUUGGAGGAGAGAAAGGCUCUCUCGCUACCGUACGUAGAGAAGUCGGAGGGCAAAGUGAAGAAGUACUCCAAGUGCAAAAUGUACGAUGUAAACUACACGGCGAUAGUGGAAUCGUGGUUGGAGCGCGCGGUCCUCGAGAACGCAACGAAGGAAGAGGGUGAGGAGCCGGUGAGGUCGAGAACUGGGUUGCCACCGCCACCGGUCGGUAACCCUGACUGGCCCGUGACCAAGUGUCGACACGGAUGGAUCUACGAUACUCGAGACUACGACAGCACUCUUGUCACCGAGCUAGACUUGGUAUGCGACAACAGCUGGUGGCCUUCCACAUCUACGACCUUCUUCUACGUCGGCAGUCUGUUUGGGAACGUGGUGUUUGGCUGGAUCGCGGACAAAUGGGGUAGGAGGACGGCGCUCUUCGCUAUACUUUUCCUCGAGGUGAUAUUCUCGAUCGCCACCAGUUUCAGCCCCAACUACGUCAUCUACACGGCGUUGAGGACCGUGAACGGUCUCUCUUUCCCGGCCAUUUAUCAGAUACCCUUUAUACUAGCUCUGGAGUUGAUGGGCCCGAGGUACAGAACGUUCGCCGGAAUGGUCAUUAGCAUGUUCUUCGCGUCGGCGAUGUCCCUUCUAGCCGUGCUGGGCUACUUGCUCAGGCAUUGGUUCACCCUGUCACUGGCUACCUCGGUUCCGUUCGUUCUUCUCUUCAGCUACUACUGGAUCAUUCCGGAGUCACCGCGAUGGCUUCUCAGCAAGAACAGGAUAGACGAGGCGGAGGUGAUCGUGCAACGAAUGGCGAAGAUCAACGGUAGAACGGUGCCGAACAACUUUCUUAGAAAAAUGGAGGUGGAGAUUCUGCGAAGGCAAGGGGUGUCCUGCAACGGGACGAAUUCGGGGGAGAACCCGGAACCGAACCCGGAGACCGAGGAUCGAUCGCCACCACCGGCGGCUACGCCAAUGGAUUUGAUCAGGAACCCGAACAUCAGGAAAAAGUUCUUCAUCCUGGCGUUCGACUGGGUGGCAAACGCGGUCGUCUACAACGGACUGUCGUAUAACGCGACGAAUCUCGGUGUCUCCGAUUAUCUAGCCUUCUUCAUCGGUGGACUCGUGGAGAUACCGUCGUACGUGAUAACGUGGUACGCUAUGGACCGGCUGGGCAGGCGAUGGGUAUUGUGCCUGACGAUGCUUCUAGGCGGACUCGCUUGCGUCUCCUGCAUGUUCGUUCCCGAAGCAGACGCCGUAUGGGUGACUGUAUCUCUGGCAAUGAUCGGCAAGUUCGGUAUCGCCGCGUCGUUCGCGGUCUUCUACGUGUUCGUCGGCGAGCUAUUGCCGACGGUGUUGAGAUCGCAAGCGAUGGGCAUCGCCUCGUUCAUCGCCGGCAUCGGGCUGCUCGCUUUCCCGUACAUCGUUCACCUGGCGGUCUACUCGAGAGUUCUGCCGCUGAUCAUAAUGGGCACGCUCAGCGUCGCCGGAGCUCUCACGUCCAUCUUUCUGCCGGAAACCCUCAAUAUUCAUCUGCCGCAAACGAUCGAGGAGGGCGAGUUGUUCGGAGCCGACUUCAAGCUCUGGUCCUGCCCUACGUUACCAAAGUCAGUAUCGUCGUCGUUGUCGUCCUCGUCGUCGUCGCCGCCGUCGUCUUUGUCUUUGUCCUCGCGAUCGCUGUUUCCGCGUGAGAACGACGAUGAUGCGUUUUUCAGGAAGGAGAGCGCAGACUCGAACAACAAGUCGGAGUCCGUGCCACUGAGAUUCCUGGUGAACGGUCGACCGGGAAAUCGUUCGUUGCCGUCCGCUUCGUUGCAAGAGGAGCCAGCAUCAGCGGCAUCAGCAGCAGCGGAAGUAGCAACAACGCCUGCCACGACCCAACUGGAAGCCGAGAAUUCGCCGUCCGUUGAACGCGCGAGCGCAACUGAACAGGAUACAGGAAAGGAGCUCGUGCUGCCCGUUGACAAACGCGUCGACGAUCCACUGAUCAUCGUCGUGGAACAAAGACGAACGCAGUGAAUCGAACAGUGGCAGA